CAUUAAUAAGAACGAAUAACGAGUUAAAGUUUAAGCGCUAUGUGGGCUGUAAUGAUCCACUAUUUUCGGCAUUAGAUGUUUUCGAAGCAACACAGUUUCCUUUACGUGGUAGAAGGCUUGAUGGCGGGGUUUAGUACGCGUUGUAAUUCCUAAUUGAGAAGAAAUAUUUGUCGGCAUACGGCAGGAAACACGAGGAGUCACCGUGUAAAAGGUUGAGUGCAUUUCCGUGACACGAAGUAUCGACGACAGUUCGUGUUGUUUUUGAGCUUCACUGACAAGUAAUCCGCUGGAAAAAUACUACAAAACGAACACACUUUUUCACGUGUUGACAACAAAGUUGAAUAUUCUUCUCACUCGAAAGCGAAGACGUCGAUCGCCUUAGUUUUGGACCUUUGUCCUACGUGAAAAGUUUUAUUUCAUUUUGUUAUUUCCCUGUCUGUGAAAAUGGUAGACGUCGAUCCAGACACACUGCUAGAAUGGCUAAGUAUGGGACAGGGCGACGAACGAGACAUGCAGUUGAUCGCGUUGGAACAACUAUGUAUGUUACUUCUGAUGUCGGACAACAUCGACCGGUGUUUUGAGAGCUGUCCACCACGAACAUUUCUACCAGCUCUGUGUCGUAUCUUCUUGGAUGAGUGCGCACCAGAAAAUGUACUGGAAGUAACUGCAAGAGCUAUCACUUACUACCUUGAUGUGUCAGCAGAAUGCACCAGACGGAUUGUUGCGGUGGAAGGAGCAAUUAAGGCCCUCUGUAGCCGACUUGUUGUAGUUGAUUUAUCAUCAAGGACUAGCAAAGAUCUGGGAGAACAGUGUGUCAAAGUUCUGGAACUUAUAUGUACUCGAGAAGCUGGAGCUGUGUUUGAGGCAGGGGGUCUCCAGUGUUCACUGACAUUUAUUGGCGAGUUUGGGAGUUCUGUGCACAAGGACACUCUACAUUCAGCCAUGAAUGUAGUGUCCAGGUUAUGCGGAAGGAUGGAGCCACAAGAUUCUAACUUGGAAACUUGUGUCAAGUCGCUUUCAACUUUACUGAAACAUGAAGACCCAUAUGUAUCUGAUGGUGCUCUCCGGUGCUUUGCAUCCCUUGCUGAUCGGUUUACACGCCGCGGUGUUGAUCCAGCUCCAUUAGCUGAACAUGGUUUGACCAGUGAGUUGUUAGACAGGCUAGCAAGUGCUGCAGUUGCUGCUGGUGACAAAACAGGAGGCAAUGGAGCCACCCCUGACUCCAAGAGCAAUAGCACAUCAGUUUCCACCAUUGUCAGUUUGUUAUCAACACUGUGCAGGGGAUCACCAAGUGUUACUCACGAUUUAUUAAGAGCAGGACUGCCAGACGCUAUUCAAAAAGCCCUACAAGGUGAUGAAAGAUGUGUUCUGGACACCAUGCGACUGGUGGAUCUCCUGCUGGUUCUGUUGUUUGAGGGACGAUGUGCAUUGCCCAAGUCCUGUGUCAGUAUUCCCAAGGGAGGGAUUGCCAGUCUACGAAGGUUUGACAGGUCACAUGAGAAUUCACACAGACAGCUUAUUGAUUGCAUCAGAAGUAAGGACACAGAUGCAGUCAUAGAUGCUAUUGAAAAUGCAGGUGGAUUUGAGGUGAACUUUAUGGAUGAUGUUGGACAGACACUUCUCAACUGGGCCUCAGCAUUUGGAACAUUAGAGAUGGUGGAAUAUCUUUGUGAGCGAGGAGCAGAUGUCAAUAGAGGUCAGAGGUCAUCAUCUCUACAUUACGCUGCUUGCUUUGGUAGACCUGCUGUUGCAAAGACUCUGCUAAGGCAUGGUGCUAAUCCUGACCUAAGAGAUGAAGAUGGUAAAACUCCAAUGGAUAAAGCGAGAGAGCGAAAUGACGAAGGCCACAGGGAAGUUGUACAUAUUCUACAAUCACCAGGUGAAUGGAUGGUUCCUGUGGGAAGUAGUUCCACUCCUUCCCCUGCACCGGAACAACCAACAGCCAGUCAAGAACCCGCCAGUGCUGAGGAGGAAGAGAAGAAAGAAGAACCAGAAGAAGUGAAAGGUGAUCCAGAAAUGGCGCCGGUCUACCUUAAAAACCUCCUGCCAUUGUUUGCUAAAAACUACAAGGAGACAAUGAUGCCCAGUAUUAGGAAGGCAACUUUAGCUUUGAUGCGAAAAAUGAUCCAUUAUGCAUCACAAGCUCAGCUGGAAGAGCUGUCACAAAAUUCAACAUUUGCCUCAGUUAUUGUGGAAGUAUUGUCAGUGGUCUUGGAUCAUGAGGAUGACGAUGAUGGCCAUUUGACAGGUCUGCAGAUCAUAGAGGAUUUGUUAGAGAAGUGCCAGGAAACAUACAUCAGCCACUUGGCUCGUCUGGGAGUCAUCAGCCACGUGACCGAGCUGGCGGGACCAAUGCAGGAGGUGGAAACAGUGCAAGAGGAACCAGCAGUGAAAGAAAAUGAAGAGGAGACUGAGAAAAAGGGUGAGGAUACAGUUCAAGAAGAUGCCAGCGACGUUGAACAAGGCAAGCCCUAUCAUUGGCACGACUGGUGUAUUGUGCGCAGCCGCGAUUGUCUCUAUCUUUGGAAUGAGUCAUGUGCGUUGGAGCUUUCUAAUGGCAGUAAUGGCUGGUUCCGCUUUAUUUUGGAUGGAAAACUUGCAACGAUGUAUUCAAGCGGAAGUCCAGAAGGAGGAUCGGACUCAUCUGAGAGCAGAGGAGAAUUCCUUGAAAAACUUCAGAGAGCCCGAGGCCAGGUGAAGCUCGGGACACCAAGCCAGCCACUUCUGUCUUCACCAAGCUCCACUCGACUCUCUGUGGGUAACUGGUCGCUGACGUGCACGAAAGACAAAGAAGUAUCUGUACACAAUGCCGAUGGACAACAAGCGACUAUACUCCGUGAAGAUCUUGCUGGCUUUGUUUUUGAGUCAAACAGAGGCACAAAACACACCUUCAAUGCCGAGACCUCCUUGGGGCCUGAGUUCGCUGCUGGUUGGAUGGGAAAGAGAGGGAAGCGGUUUGUGUCGAAGGUCGAGGCUCAGAAGCUGAAGAUCAGGAAUUUGGCAGCUGAGAUUCAGGAGAAAUAUCUCCUGGCUGCUCAAGCCACACCUCGUGAAGUUGUGGCCAAGUUACAGGAAAUUGUCUCGCAGCUGCAUUCAGCGUGUUUAUCGCAAGAAAAUCUUACCAAGGGAGGGGAUGGGAAAGAAUCUUGGAGAGAAGAAAUGUUUACUGCGCUGAAAGGCCUUCUGCAAGUGCUACAAGAUGACGCCACUGUUUCAUCGUACGAGCUACAAUCAACAGGACUGGUCACAGCCCUUCUACGCUGUCUUCACCAGAAUGGUAAAACUGUGCCCUCCGACAACGAAAAUGCCAACAACCGGGCAGCGGAAUGCAUCGCUGAAAGAAUAGAAGUAUUCAAGUCGGCUUUUGGAGAAACAGAAGACCAAUUGAACGAAGAAAAUACUGAUGAAGCUUCAUCUGCAACGAUCCUUGUGAAGAAGCUAGUGGCUGUCUUAGAGUCGACAGAGAAGCUGCCUCUUUUGACUUACGAAUGCCCAGGAUCUGGUCUUCAGGUGCUCGCAAGGCGUUUAAGAUUCCAGUUAGAACGAGCGCCAGGAGAGAGUUCUCUAAUUGAUAGAACAGGAAGAACUUUAAAGAUGGAACCACUAACAACUGUGGGAGAUUUAGAACGAUAUCUUUUGAAAAUGGUUGCUAAGCAAUGGUAUGACCACGACAGAAGCACCUUUAACUUUGUACGUCUCCUCAAAGGAGGAAACAAGACCAGCUUCACUCACAUGCAGGAUUUUGACGAGAACGGUAUCCUUUACUGGCUUGGUACUAACGGAAAGUCCACUCCUGACUGGGUUAACCCUGGUUCAGUUGGGAUCGUGGCAGUCAGUACCUCAGAGGGGAGAGGACUGCCUUAUGGGAAGGUCGAGGACAUCCUGAGUAGGGAUGCUGCAGCGCUCAACUGUCACACCAACGAUGACAAAAAUGCCUGGUUUGCCAUUGAUCUAGGCGUUUGGUUUAGACCAACCUGUUAUACACUCAGGCAUGCGCGUGGGUAUGGAAGGUCUGCUCUUCGCAACUGGCUUUUCCAAGUGAGUAAGGAUGGAAAGACUUGGACAACACUCUAUACUCAUACAGAUGAUAACUCGCUGAAUGAACCCGGGUCAACAGCUUCCUGGCCGCUGGAGCCUCCGUCUGACCAAGAAGGAUGGAGACACGUUCGUUUGCAACAAGCUGGCAAAAAUGCCAGUGGUCAGACCCAUUAUCUGUCCUUAUCGGGAUUUGAAGUGUACGGAACAGUAAUGGCGGCCGUUGAAGAACCGCUGGCUCCAGAGUUGUCUUCUUCCAAGAGUGGUACAGCUGGUGAGAAACUCGCUAAGUCACUGAAGCCCAGCUGGUCUCUGAGUCCAGGCAAGGCUGCGAGAGAGGUGGAAGCCGCCUUACGCCGUCAGCGCCGCCUCAUUCGCUCCCAGAUGCUGAAGCAUUUGAAUGUGGGUAGCAAAGUGGUCCGAGGGGUGGACUGGAAGUGGAAAGACCAGGAUGGAAGUCCCCCCGGCGAGGGCCUGGUUACAGGGGAGCUGCAGAACGGUAACGGUUGGGUGGAAGUAGCUUGGACUAACGGUACCUCAAACUCUUAUCGCAUGGGAGCCGAUGGAAAGUUCGACUUACGCGUGGUAGAGACAGGUCCCUCAACUGAUUCUUCAGGAGAGCCCUCGUCUUCAGCCCGAAGCGAUAAAGGACAAUAUGAGGAGGGACCCUCGAUCGAGGAAGCCGAAGUCGAGUCGCUAGAGAAACGUCAGGAGGAAAGUUCCUCGACGUCCCAAAGUGACGAGGUGUCAAGCAUGGCCCUAGUUGAAGCUGUUCGUGUUGAGGAGAUCCCCGAUGAAGGAGUUUUUACUUCAGAAGAUGUUAUUGAAACUUUAGGGAACACACUGGUAGUGUUGGAAACAACAGACAGUACGGAGAUAGUGCCUAGUGCUGAUGAACCCAAAGAGACCGUUGGAGAGGUUCAAGAGAUUACUGAAGAGGAGGGUGUGGUUACUGAACCUUUGAACUCUGUUACGGAGACAGCUUCUAGUUCUAAGACAGCAUCUGUUAAUAUUUCUGUGGCGGAGACUGCGAGGAGAUUACUGAGCUCAGCUGUAUCUGAGGCUAACUCAGCAGCCAGCAGCCUCUCCCGGGCCUCUGACUUGGACAUGUACGUGGCUAUGAGAGGUUCAGGGCUGUUGACAGGACUUGAGGAUGAUUAUGACCUUCCUGAACCCGAUGAUGAUGAUGACGACGACGAUGACGAUGAUGACGAUGACGAGAAUGAUGAAGAGAAUGAAGAUGAUUAUGAAGUUGAAGAAGAGCCCGAGUCACGUGGUGGACGUCGCCGAACGUGGGAUGACGAGCACGUGCUCAAGAGACAGUUCUCGGCGCUAGUGCCUGCGUUUGAUCCGAGACCAGGUCGAACCAACAUUGCGCAAACUCAGGAUAUUGUGAUUCCUGCACCAGGUUCUCAAGAAAGUAGUUCAACAGAGAUGACACCUCCAACAGUAGAACCUCGCCUUUACUUGACUCUUAAGGGACCUGCUUCGUUAACGCUUCCUGAGGUGGAAAUUCGUUUAGAUGACCCUAAGGCCACCAUUUUCUCUUAUGUGCAAAAGGUCGCACUGGCUACUGGGAUAUCUAAAAAUGAGCGAAUGCGGAGAGUCUGGGAACCAACUUACACCGUCGUCUAUCGUGAAGUACACAGCCCUGACCAAGAAGAAAACCCAAGAGAAACCAAAGAAGAGACCGAAACUACGGUAGGAUUUAAUGUUGAUAUGCUGUCACAAGACCACCAGGUUCACUGGACGACAUCAUAUGUAGAGCGCUAUUUGGGCACUGAUGAGCUCCCUAAGUCUGAGGUAAUCUCGUUCCUUCAAAGAAAUGCUGACGCAGCAUUCCAAAGAAAAUGGAAGUUAACAGGCGUACCUAAGAGCAUAAGGAAGAACAGGAACUGUUCUCAACUCGUGGCAGCCUACAAGGAAUUUUGCAACAAUUUAGACUCGUCCCCACCUAGCUCUCCUCCAUUUGAGAAACCGGUAUUAAAACAAGAGGUAAAACAGGAAGUGAAACAAGACAAAACAUCCACGGAGCCUGCCCCUGUUGACGACAUCUCCGCAGUUGAAGAUAUUCUACAGCUUCUGAAAGUCUUAAAUAGUAUAUCUACAAGUUCUGCGCAUGACUUUGGAGAAGAUGGUAACGAGAAAUACGGGUUUAUCGUAGACAAUGAAGACUUCACAAGUAAAAAACUAACAACUAAACUUUUGCAACAAAUUCAGGACCCUUUAGUGUUAGCCAGUAAUGCCUUACCAACCUGGAGUGGAGUGUUGACAAGCACCUUUCCAUUCCUGUUUCCUUUUGAGACAAGACAGCUGUACUUUUCUUGUACGGCUUUCGGUAGCUCAAGAGCAAUAGUAUGGCUGCAAAACAAACGAGACGUAGCGUUGGAAAGAAGUCGUCCACUGAGUCACAGGCGAGAAGAACAACACGAAUUCCGAGUGGGUCGAUUAAAGCACGAGCGUGUGAAGGUUCCUCGAGGAGAUGAGUUGCUUGAUUGGGCAAUGGGUGUAUUGAAAUUCCAUGCAGAGCGAAAGUCUGUUUUGGAGGUGGAGUUUGAGGAUGAGGAGGGAACUGGGCUUGGACCUUCACUCGAGUUUUACGCGCUUGUGGCGGCCGAGCUUCAACGAAAGAGCCUGGGUAUGUGGAUUUGCGAGGAUGCCAUCGUCGACGAGACUGCUAGAGAGGUGGACAUCGGUCAUGGUAUUCGUCCCAGGGGCUAUUACGUGCAACGCGCCGGUGGCCUCUUUCCCGCGCCCCUUCCUCAGGAUGCCCCUGACACAGAAAGGGUGGCAAAGCUCUUUUACGUCCUAGGAAUUUUCUUGGCUAAAAGUUUGCAGGACAGUCGAUUAGUGGACAUUCCGCUGUCGCUAUCGUUUCUUAAACUAUUGGCUUGUAGUGCAUCACCGCCUAACGGCAAAACCACAUUGGCUUACAGUCGGAGCUCCUUACAAGUAAUCGAUGACGCGUCGUGCUCACUCGAGGAUCUAGUAGAGUGCUCGGACACGACUAACGAGCUCGAUCAACCUCAGCCAAGUGUAGAAGAGAACGAAAAUGCGAUCAAUAAAUUAGACUUGGAUUCCAUCAAGGAACGAGAGCUUAUUGAAGAGGAGGAAGAGCUGUCUAAGGAAGAGAACUCUGAAUUGAGAAAAACUAAAGAAAGCGUAGAAGAGAUGCCGUCCACACCUGUAAAGCCAAGUUGGUUUGAUAGUAUCUUGGAUGACAGCGAUAUGGAAGUGGUGGAUCCGCACAGAGCGACUUUCCUAAAACAACUACAAGAAUUGGUUGCCAGGAAAAAUGACAUUCUUAAAGACAAUUUGCUGACGGUUAACGAGAAGAGGGCAAAAAUAUCGGAGCUCAAGUUGAAAACAGCUCAUGGUGUUGAGUGCAGUGUUGACGAUCUGGGGCUAACCUUCCAAUUCUCACCGUCUUCUAAAGUGUACGGGUUUAGCGAAGUUGAUCUGGUACGGAAUGGUGGAGAUCAGAUGUUAACAACAGAAAAUGCUGAGGAAUACAUAAAGCUUGUCAAGGAAUUCUGUUUAUACACUGGCGUGCAACUUCAGUUGGACUCAUUUAGAGACGGGUUCAACUCCGUGUUUCCAAUCGAGAAACUUAGUCCAUUCACUCCAGACGAGCUACAGCUAAUGUUGAGUGGAGAACAGGUUCCACAGUGGACCAGGGAAGACAUAAUGAACUACACCGAGCCCAAGUUUGGAUACACACGGGAAGCGCCUGGCUUUCAGAGAUUUGUGAAUGUGCUGGUUAACAUGACUGGCGACGAGAGAAAAGCGUUCCUCCAGUUCACCACAGGUUGUUCGUCCCUGCCUCCAGGCGGUCUCGCCAAUCUUCAUCCUCGCCUCACUGUAGUGAGAAAGGAGAGUGAAGGAGAUGGCUCUUUCCCGUCUGUUAAUACGUGCGUACAUUACCUUAAACUUCCGGAAUACUCUUCGGAAGAGGCCAUGAGAGAGAAGCUCCUGGCAGCCACAAGAGAGAAGGGAUUCCACUUAAAUUAGGCUAGUUCGAGUCGACUCUUCCAAAAACAUGUCACUGUAAUGAUUCGCGUGACAUCAUUAGAGAAGCCUUGCUUGCGGUUUCCGUCCUUUUGCCAUGAAUUUAUUGUUUGUGUUUAUCUUUCAUUAGCUGUAGUAAUCUUAUGCGCCUUUCAAAAUAGUCGCGUGUAAUUGUGGAUCGCUUAUUCCUAUAUCGUGCCUUGUAAAUGUUUACCUUAACGGAAAUUGUUGAUUGGAAGGCGCUCUUUCUGUUUUUCUGUCAAAGCUGCUCAUUGUGAACCGUGGCAACAAAGUUCAACAAAAUUAAGGCUGUUUCAGUCAUUUUACGGUGACUGAUCACAUUCGGGAAGGGGCGGAAGGCAAAUAUUUCAGCUGUAUCAUGAUGCAGUGGGGAAGUUUACUCGUUUGUUUCAACUGUUUACCAAACUUACAACAAUGUUGAUCGUUAAAUCUCUAGGUAGACAUUUUCUUUAAAAAAUAUGUUGUUGCUCUAUAAAUAGGUAAAUGCGUAAUUUAAAUUAAAAGAAUUGUCAGGCGAUUUCA